CCCUCUCCAGCCAUGGAUGACAUCUAUAAGGCAGCGGUUGAGCAGCUGACAGAAGAGCAAAAAAAUGAGUUCAAGGCUGCCUUUGACAUCUUCGUGCUGGGGGCAGAGGAUGGUUGCAUCAGCACCAAGGAGCUGGGGAAGGUGAUGCGGAUGCUGGGGCAGAACCCCACCCCUGAGGAGCUGCAGGAGAUGAUAGAUGAGGUGGAUGAGGACGGCAGCGGCACCGUGGACUUUGAUGAGUUCCUUGUUAUGAUGGUCCGGUGUAUGAAAGAUGACAGCAAAGGAAAAACUGAAGAGGAACUCUCAGAUCUUUUCAGGAUGUUUGACAAAAACGCGGAUGGCUACAUCGACCUUGAGGAACUGAAGAUCAUGCUGCAGGCGACCGGAGAGACCAUCACUGAGGAUGACAUAGAAGAACUGAUGAAAGAUGGGGAUAAAAACAACGACGGCAGAAUUGACUAUGACGAGUUCCUGGAGUUUAUGAAGGGGGUUGAAUAAAUCUGAGGCCAGAUGGACAGC